AUGGCUGGUCAGAGGCUGAAAAAGUGGUUCUCUUUGUGGAAACUGACCAACAGAGAACUCCACUUCCGAUACCGCUGUGGACCGUCUCCCCCCGGCUCUUUAUUGGUUCGAUCCAACCCUCUCUCCGACAGCCAAUGGCACAGCGUUGUACUGGAAGUCAACUCAACCGUCCUGAGCCUCCUAUUGGACGACCACCCUGCAGUCUCCGCCCACAUUUCCCAUCCGUGUCACAUGACCUCCCCCCACGGCGCCAUGCUACUCGCUAACGCAGCUCAGGUCUCGACUCCCAGGCUUCCACGGAGUUUCGUUGGAUGUUUGGACGCCUUGAGCCUGAACGGGGAGCCAAUCAGAGUGGACGAUGGUGCAGAGUGGGCGGGGCACGGGCUGAGGAGGGUGUUUGGGGUUUUUCAAUGCUGUCGAAAUACAGGGGCGUGCGGCCGGCGGACAUGUUUGAACCAAGGAGUCUGCGAAGAAGACGACAGCGGAGGUGAGCGAGACCGUGCUACUACUUGUUAA